GUAAAGGGAUCAGGAGAUAGGGGGAACAAGUCAGCAGUAGCCCACUUCUGAUACUAGUACUAGUAGUAGUACUAGUAGGCAGUUUUCCGCAAGUGGAAAGUGACUCUAGCGAAAGAUCUACUAAAUGUUUGGAGUGUUGUUUCAUCGCUACGAGAACAGUAACAGUUGAAGACGUGUGCCCACGUACAAGUAGGUGUCGGCUUGCCUCGAUCUCUAAUUAUUUCAGCGAAAGGCGAGCUGCAGGAAGCACGCUGGGGGAAGAAUCCAAACACACCGUGCGAUUUGAAGAGGAUUCUGUAGACCGGUGGACUGCGAGGUGAACUGGAGACUCGUAGACUCUACGGAAGCUGAGGUUGACGCGUCGUGUUGUUUGCGUCUCCUAGCUCCUGCCUCCAUCGAUUGAUUCGCAACGCCGCUCUGUGAAUAGCGGAACCGAAGGAGGGUCGCAAGCUACCAGCGCGCGCACUGCCGGUAGUACCCUGGUAACUGCUACAACAUCUGUUCAUCUUGAAACUUUGCAGUUUUAUAAUCAUUACUAAUACUAACGUCUUCGGUUUUAUUAGGUUCUACGAUCACGAGUGGACAGUGGAUUUCCUGGAAACGAAGUAGCCAGCAGCAACCCGCGCUAUCAAAGAGAAGAACGACAGUGCUAGCGCCCCGUCCCGUUCAAAUAAGUCAUCACAAUUCACAGCAAGCGCCGGACGACCGCGUGGAUUGUUUGUCUACGAGUACGAGUGUGCAACUACACAAAUAGAACACGCGCACUAGCCCAUCUGGUAACAGUCCGCAGUAGCAGAGCUCGCAAAAACCUGUCGUACUAGCAGUCGCUGUGACUCAUCGAACAGUGUGUGACUUCUCACCAUGGCCCAGGAAGGUGACCGACUCCCCUCAGCCUCUGGCCAGCCACCAAUCGAUGAACGUGUAAUGCUUGAAAGCAGUAUACCGCAAGGGGAGGUUCAGCCAGUGGCGGAGGUUUAUGGCAGAGAGAACGGUGACAAUCUACAACCCCAGCGUCGCCCGCACAGCAAUAUUUUGGACCAAGGAAACGGGCGGAUAGUGCACAAUGCCAGUGAUGGGCUCAGCCCGAGCAAUACUGUCGCCGCGGCGACUGGGCGCGUACCUGUGCAGGAAUGCGGCAGUCCAAGUGAUGCGCAAUCGAACACACAAAACGAAGUCAGUCCUGAACUAGCAAUUUCUCCCAGAAAUGACACGAUUGCGAGAGAGAAGGCAGCCAUUGCUCACCCACUGCCUUGCAUGAAUCCAGCGGUGGAUCCGGACCAUGUAAGUGCACAGCAGUGCCACGAUGCGUCCGCUCCGGGUUGGACCUCCUCCGGUGUUCGCUCACCGCUGCAAUCCUCUUCCGAAAGCCAAUUUCAGUCACGGGAACAAUCCCAAUCAUGGAAAGCUGAUCUGCACGAGUCGUCAACGGGGCACACGACCGAUUCACAGGAUCUGUGCGACGGCGGGUAUAAUGAGAGCGGGGCUAGUGCCCCCAGCAGCAGCAGCAGAGCUAGUUCGAGCGGUGGCUCCCAACCUAGCCAUAAUAGUGGACAGCAGGAGAUGGGGGGUGACGGAGUUGAUGGGGCGCAGACUCGAGACCAAUCCCCCAGUGCUGCAUCGUAUGCUGGCAGCAGCAGCACUGCACCGGGAAGCGCCUCUUCUCGGUCUCACACGUCUGAACGCUCCGAUCGUACGGGAGCACCACACAGCCACACUGCAUCGAGGAACCAGUCUCCGCCUGCCCCACGUACUGCUGCUACCGCUACUUCUACGGCACACGGACUCCAGACACGGGCAGCUGGUGUGGAUACCGCACGCAGAGACCCAAACAAGCCGGCGACGGCUCCAGCGGCAAGUACACAGAACUCUGCCCCGGAAGUGAGCCAUUCGGCAUCGACGGGUGAGCAGCAACAGAAGCAGCGAAAGCGAAAUCAGCACGAAGAAGAUGACGAAGAGCCUUACUCAGAGGGCAAGAGUGCUCUUGUAAAAGCACAGUUUGACGCAUUCAACUGGCUGGAGACAUCCGGCAAUGACCUUCGGCUCUGCGAUGCAAAGGACCUCGCCAGACAACUUUAUGAAACAGAUGAUGAAGAUUAGUGCUGAGAAAAACUCCAUCGCGUGCAGGGAGCUGCUCCUUCAAGAGUGCAAGACACCCCUGGGUGAAGAAGGCUUCCAGCAGUUCCUGCUGGCGAUGUGGAAUACAAAAUACCGGCUGAACCAGCGCAUAGCCUUGGAGAUCAGGCAGAAACUGCCGAAGAGGAUAGGUAUCGUAUGGUCCGAGAAGUAUGAGUGCAUGCGCCGGUGCUGAUGGCCCGAGCCGAUGUCAGUCGCGUGCUAAUCGUACACGCGCUGCAUUGUAUAGGGUAUACGGCGAAACCUGUCUAAGACGACCGCUCAAGGGACCUUCAAAAUGCGGUCUCUGUAACCAGGUGGCCUUCUUAUCCAGGGUCACUUGACUGGAAUUAGCAUUCAUUGGUGCUGGUUUUCAGUGGUCUUCUAGGACAGGUGGUCGCCUUAUCCGAGUGGUCGCCUUGGCAGGUUUUCCUGUACUUCUGAGUUCAGUACAACCGACCAAAGCUGGUGCGCACACCCCAUGUACUGCAUUUAGGUCCUAUUGGUGUGUUCAAGUAUAAUUUUUUACCACUCGUGAAAUGCAUCUCCUGCCUCUGCCGCUCUGGGUUUUGCUUUUAAAAGUUUGCUCGUUUUUUUUUAUUAUCAUUUCCCUCCAUACCGCUGUUCCAUCUUCCUUCCAAACAGCACAUAUAAGUGCGUAGCUCAUGCGAAGACAUUGUCCGGCAGUGUUUCCUGCCGUGCAAUGCCAUUGCAACGUGGAGAAGCGUACGCUGACAGUCCAGCCUAACUGGAUGCUAGUUACAUUUACCAGGUUGAACUACCUUUGCCAGUAAAUUCCUUCUGAAGAGAUGGCAACAGAAGCGUUCAAGGAAAUCUAACCUGUGCAAAUGGUGUGUGUGUGUGUUUUGAAAUUCUCAACUUGUUUUACUUUUUUGGGAAUUCUGAAGAAUUGUUUUACUUAUUGCGUUAAUUUCAUUUCUGUCUCCACAAACUGUUUAACUACUAGAACAUUUAUUAAACUAUUCCCAAUAUUUCGUCUUGAUAGUUUCGCAACCUAUACCUUCGCAAGCAAAGACGAAAAUCCACACAAUCAAGUAGACGCUUCCUUCUAUCAAACGUUUUCUUUCCCUUCUCUUCAGGAUAGUACAGGGAAUGUUGGAAAUUUGGAAAAAACACAUGACUAUAAUUAUA